AUGCUGGCCGCUUGCAGCGCCGCCGCCAGCCUGCAUACCGCGCGAGCAUCACCCAGCACCGCCCAUCAGAAGCGUCCGUCAACGGCCAUUCCCAAUGUCACAUCGCAACGAUGGUUCUCCUCUAGCCAGCAAGCGUUCGAUGCGCCUCGCUCGCCCUUUACCGUCUUUGUUGAGACGCUCAAGGAAGAGCUGCGCAAGUCAAGAGAGCUGCAGGAGAACGUCAAGCAGCUGCAGGGCGAUGUGGGCAAGAUACAAGACAGCGAGGCUAUGAAGAGCGCUAAGGCUGCAUACGAGAGGAUGCGCAUCGUUGCCAGCAUCAAGGAGAACCCCCGAUUGCAGGCCGCCGCCGAACAGCUUCGCAAGAACGGUGGGCAGGUGUCGGCCGCUGUAGGCGAGACACUCAAGCAGAUGGAGGACAGCGAAUUGAUCAAAGGGCUCUCUGCCGUAUCUUCGCGUCUAGCGCGGCAGCUAGAAGACUCGACUGCGCCCAUCCGCAACACGGAGGCGUACAAGGCUUUCUCUCAGACCAUUACCGAGGCAUUCGAUGAUGGCGGCUCGGCGCUGCGUAUUUACGCUGACGAACAGGAAGAUGCCAAGAUGGUCCGUAAGCUCAAGCGCGAGACGCGACUACGCAAGAUUGGUCGAAGCCCGCCGCUGAACGACGUAGAAGAAGCGACCUUCCAAGUGGACGAGGAGUUUCUAGGUAAGGCCAAGGCGAUGGGCGUAGAUACCCCCGAGGAGGCAAUCAAGAUGGCGCAAGCUGCUUCCUCCGGCGCGGCUGCCAGUGACGGCGGCGAUGAGGCUCGCAAGGAACGGGAGCCUGAAAGCGAGAAUGCUGAGGCAGGGCCAUCAACUGCGUCGCCACCGGAACCACGCAAGAGGCUAGCAGGCUACGCGGUACGCUAUCGCUCCACAGCCGAGAACCCCAACGCCGGCGAGGCACUGGUCCUUCGUCCCGAGCCGGCGUAUAAGCAGGCGUGGUCCAACUUUUCCGAAAACAACACCGUGCUGCGCCGUCUAUCGGACCUACGACAGACGUACGACGAGUCGGAGAAUCCGUUUAUCGAGCGCUUGCGCGGUAUCACCGAGACAAUCGGUAGCUGGUUCGAGGAGAACGAGACAGCGCAAGUCGUACGGCAACUGCGCAUGAUGGAGCCGGACUUCACGCUCGAACGCUUCCAGCGUGAGCUGCGUGAAUACGUUGUGCCUGAAUUCAUCGACGCAUACCACGGCGCGCAGAAGCACAUCCUCCGGCAGUGGUGCGGAGAGGCGACAUACAACGUCCUCAUGGCCACCGUUGAGCCUUUCUUGCAAAAGGGAUACAUCGCCGAGGGUCGCCUGCUUGAUCUCAAAGGGAUAGAGAUUGUCCAGGGCAAGAUGCUCGAAAACAACAUCCCCGUCCUCGUCGUCAGCUUUUCGAGCCAAGAGCUCAUGUUCUUCACCGAUCCUAAGACUGGAGAGAUCAAGGCGGGCAAGAGCGACCAGACCGAUCUGUGCAGGUACGCCAUGGUCUUAACGAGGGUCGAGGAGGAGCUGGACAAUGAGAUUACCGGUGGUUGGAAAGUAGUAGAGCUCGCACGGCGAGGACAGGCGUCCUUCUUGUAG